AGCAGGGUCCCCUGAUGUCCUGGUCUCUCCUGGGCGCGACCCUCCCCUCUGGAGCCCCAGCCAGGCUGCCCGCACCCCCAGCCCGAUCCGUCCUCCCUUCCCUGACACGGUUACAGCUCUUCUCCGCCCUCAGCACCCUGCGCGCCUCCCAGGCACCGUCUGCCUCAACCCACUACCUCCCGACCCUGGCUCUGGUCUCGCCCGCCGCCCCCGGCCCCCCAGGACCCCAGCUCACACCAACAGGUCUUGGCCGGACGCCGCUGCCAGGCUUGCACACCCUUACCUUUCUCGAGCGCGUAGUCCUUAAGCGCCAUUACUGCCGAGGGCCGUGCAGCAGCAGUUGGCGACCUCAAGGUUCUCACUCUCGGGAUCACAGAGAACGUCCGCGCGGCGGACUGCAGCCGACCAACCGAAAUUGGCGCGAAACGUCGCCCCUCACGUGACCGGCGCCACUGAGUGCGGACCAAUCGGAGAGGAGGCCCUCCACCCUCCCCACUCGCCGCAGGCCCCCGCCUCGGCCAAUCACCGGGCGAGCCUGGACUGAGUGACUGGGAAGCGGCGCGGGUGGCGAGAGGGAAAGACUAGGCGAGGCGGGGCGGGCGCCGGGUUUCCCGCGGUCGGAGGAGACUCGCUCUUAAAGGGCCAGCACGCGCGUCCUUUUGUUCCGCGGCCGCCGGGCGGGGUAGGCCCAACUUUCGCUGUCUCCUUGUCUACUCUUCCGAACGCCUAUGAUUUCCCAGUUCUUCAUUCUGUCCUCCAAAGGGGACCCGCUCAUCUACAAGGACUUUCGCGGGGACAGUGGCGGCCGGGAUGUGGCUGAGCUCUUCUACCGGAAGCUGACGGGACUGCCCGGAGACGAGUCCCCGGUUGUCAUGCACCACGAUGACCGUCAUUUUAUUCACAUCCGACACAGCGGCCUCUAUUUGGUGGCCACGACUUCAGAAAACAUUUCUCCCUUCAGCCUCCUAGAGCUGCUGUCCCGCUUAGCCACUCUCCUGGGCGAUUACUGUGGCUCCCUGGGUGAGGGGACCAUCUCCCGCAACGUGGCUCUUGUCUAUGAACUCCUGGAUGAAGUGCUGGAUUAUGGCUAUGUACAGACCACAUCCACAGAGAUGCUGAGGAACUUCAUCCAGACAGAGGCCGUGGUCAGCAAGCCUUUCAGCCUCUUUGACCUCAGCAGCGUUGGCUUGUUUGGGGCCGAGACCCAACAGAGCAAAGUGGCCCCCAGCAGCGCAGCCAGCCGCCCUGUCCUGUCCAGCCGCUCCGACCAGAGCCAAAAGAAUGAAGUGUUUUUGGAUGUGGUGGAGAGAUUGUCCGUACUGAUAGCAUCUAACGGCUCGCUGCUGAAGGUGGAUGUGCAGGGAGAGAUCCGACUCAAGAGCUUUCUUCCCAGCGGCUCCGAGAUGUGCAUCGGCUUGACAGAAGAAUUUUGUGUGGGGAAGUCAGAACUGAGAGGUUAUGGGCCAGGAAUUCGGGUAGAUGAGGUCUCAUUUCACAGCUCGGUGCAUCUGGAUGAGUUUGAGUCUCAUCGAAUCCUCCGCUUGCAGCCACCUCAGGGCGAGCUGACUGUGAUGCGGUACCAACUCUCAGAUGACCUCCCCUCCCCGCUCCCCUUCCGGCUCUUUCCCUCUGUGCAGUGGGACCGAGGCUCAGGCAGGCUCCAGGUUUAUCUGAAGUUACGAUGUGACCUGCCCCCAAAGAGCCAGGCUCUUAACGUCAGGCUGCAUCUUCCCCUGCCACGAGGGGUGGUCAGCCUAUCUCAGGAGCUGAGCAGCCCAGAGCAGAAGGCAGAGCUGGCUGAGGGAGCCCUUCACUGGGACCUGCCUCGGGUGCAAGGAGGCUCUCAGCUCUCAGGCCUUUUCCAGCACCCCUCCCCCUGCCUCUGCCCCUCACAGAUGGAUGUCCCAGGCCUCCCUGGCCCUCCUGGCCAAGGGCCCUCCACCUCAGCCCCUCCUCUGGGGCUGGGCCCCGCAAGCCUCUCCUUUGAACUUCCCCGGCACACAUGCUCCGGCCUCCAGGUUCGCUUCCUCAGGCUGGUGUUCAGACCCUGCGGCAAUGCCAACCCCCACAAGUGGGUGCGACACCUAAGCCACAGCGAUGCCUAUGUCAUUCGGAUCUGAGGCUCCCCACACGAGGACGCAGACAGCAAAGGCAGUGGUCUGUGGAUUGAGAGGACCAGACUGUCUCUUCCAGCCUUCUGGCCCGUGGCUAUGCAUCUGGCUGGAAGAGUCCUGAGUCCUAGAGACCAGGUGGGCUUGACUAGUUGGACCCUCCUGUGGUAUCUGACCCAGGAAGGACUGAGGUGGAUCAGAACUUACAAAUCAAACUUUUAUUUUGAGGAACUGGCUGUACAAUAUCUAAAAAGAAAGUAAUGUGGGGGAAGCAGAGUACUGCUUCCUUCCACCCAUCGUA